GGAAAUGAUUGGUUGUGGCAUAGACAAAGUAUAUGAAUAGACAUUGCAUGCAAUGUAUUUUUUCGGACACAAUUUUGGAGUCGAAACUGUAUUAUCAUUUACAUGUUACAUCCUGUCGUACCGAUUCAAGCAGAUUUUGCACUGCAGCACUACUAGUGAUAAAAAUUAAAAUCAAAACAUAUCUCGUCUGUGGCUGUAGUUUAUUAGGUUAAAACACUAAAGUAACACGCAUGUUAGCCAAAUGAUCAUAUUUACUACUAAAAAUUGUAACUAUUUAUAACUAACGUAUUUAAGGACAGGUGAAACGAAUUGAUUACUCUUAUUACCAUAUAUCCUGACUAUUGUUUAAAAUGGGUGACACAUUAGAAAAUAUUAAUCCCAAAUUAUAUAAAAAAAUAAAUGAAAGAGAAAUUACUGCAGAAGAUGAAGACGAAGAUAUUAUAGACGAAUUUGAUACACGUGAAAUUUUUGAUUUGAUUAGGAAUAUCAAUGAUCCUGAACAUCCUUUAACAUUAGAAGAAUUGAAUGUAGUAGAGCAAAGUCUCAUCGAGGUAAUAUAUUAUAUAUUGAUUGAUAAUGAAGCAAACAAAGUAUGUGUAAAAUUUACUCCAACAAUACCACACUGUAGCAUGGCAACAUUAAUUGGUUUAUCAAUUAGAGUACAAUUACUGCGAGUUCUACCUCCAAGAUUUAAAGUUAGUGUUGAAAUUACACCAGGUACUCAUAUGUCAGAGGCAGCAGUAAACAAACAAUUGGCUGACAAAGAAAGAGUAGCAGCAGCUCUUGAAAAUAAUCACCUACUUGAAGUGAUCAAUCAGUGUAUUGGUAUAAAAUGUUAA